AUGGGGGAAGGAAUGCACGGGGGUACGUGGAAUGCACAAACUGGCGUUAGACAGCAGCAGCAGCAGCAGCAGAACCAACAGCAGCAGCAGCAGAGCCAAAAGCAGCGGCAGAAUCGGCAGCAGAGGCAGCAGCAGAACCAACAGCAGCAGCAGCAGAGCGCGGUGAGUAGCAGCGAAGACAUCCAGACAGCAGCGAGCAGCAGCAGAACAGGCAAGGAGCAGCAGCAGCAACAGCAAAGUCCAUUGAAAAGCUGCACACAGCAGCAGCAGCAGCAGCAGCAGCAGUAG